UGAACUUUGAUGAACUCUCACCGUAUUAGGUUUUGCACGAUGACGACACAAAUGAACUGCCGAUGAAUCAAGUUCAUCAUUGACAGUUGAGGUGUACUUGUUUUGUUUUGCGACUGCGAAUAAAAAAUUGAAAAAUGACGAGAAAGUGCUUGUUAAAAACGUGUUCCAAAGUGAAAAGAACUGAAAAGAUUGCCCUGUAUGCGUUUCCAUCUUCAAGGAGCGAUAUUUGUAUAAAUCGCAUAAAUGAAGAACGAAGAAAAUCCUGGAUUAAAACUCUGAGACUUAGUGAGGAUUUCAGUUGGAAAAACAAAUAUUUAUGCGGCUUGCAUUUCGUUUCCGGCCAGCCUGCUAAGGCAACUGACCCCUGCAGUGUUGAUUGGGUACCAUCUCAGUUACUACCGUUUACGGACUUAGAAAACUCAUCUGAAGUGUCCUUUGACUGUGAGGAGGAAGACGACAGCAAAAGCGAACCGUUUGCGAAUUGUUCGGAAAGUAAUGACGUUGUGAAGGCAAAAGGCAUAACAAAAACGGAUCAACAUGACCAUGCGAAAAUGAUCGCUUCUUGCAGCGAAGCGGAAACUUCAACAGAAGUAUUUAUUGUUUCGAAAGACUGCGGUGUACAAGCAGGAGGUUUGCAUUCAUUUUUUAGUGUUGGAUGUUUUUAAUUUGUGAACAUAAAUGUU